UUAGGUACGUGGUGUCAAUGUCAAUCAAGCUGAUUAUAUCGGCGGAUUUAUAAUCGCAUCACAAAUAUUUAUGUACGAUUAAAAUACUUACCUUAAAGCAAUAAAUGAUUACUAAUUAUUAUAAAUAAAAAGUUAAGCUCAGGUUACGCGCAACGUGGGAAAUUAAAGACUAGUUGAUUGAGUUCGCGGGCUGCUACUCGUUUAGCGCUAAUGUUGACUUGCUGCCACCGCGGAGGGAAAGUUGGUAUUGUUGCAGCACGGCCGGACGCCGCCACUGCUUGUCCGCGCGCUCAAGCCCCUCAAGGUGACCCACUGCGACGAUCUACCAGUUUCGCUAAAUGCGCUCCGACGAGUCGCAUUCCAUAUGCAACCAGCUUAUCGGGAGACACAUUAUAAUUGUUAAACAAUGAUGUCAGUGUACGUGAUGUGUUUGUUGGCGAUGUUAACGCCAUCUCUGUGCCGACCGUACGAUCCGGAGGACGCAGGCCUCAAGACGGUGCUGCCAUCUAGCGGGCAGUUUGAAGCGUUUUAUCCGCGUGAGGCGCACGGCGUGCCGAAUGGCUCGUCGAGGCCUGCGCACGGGCACGGCAGUUUCUAUAAGCACCGCAACCCGGCGCUGGUGGACGUCAAGAACGCCGCCGCCUACGGCUUCAGGUUCGACGGCAUGAGGAGAUUCAAUUUUGAUGACGAAUAGCUUGUGAUUGCAAGUUAAUAAACAAAUUCAUAUUUAAAA